GUCCAGAUCCCCCCCUCUACUGCUGUGCGCGCCAGCGAGAAGAACUGCUCUUCAUCCUCACCUGGUUUUGCUCUCUGUUUCCUUUCUUCCGUAUUUUGAUAUUUCGUUUCCUCCACGAUCACGGAUUGACGAUCAUCUAUCUCUGUAGGUCUCAGGGGUCAACCUCAUAAAUCAUUACAUCGCGUGACUUAACCAUUUUGGAGCUAAUGAUGUGUCUUGGACUACUCGAAUGAUGGUAAGCCUUUGAGCGAAAAUACUAAAGUAAAACAAGGCCAAAAUUAAGCACGAGCAUAUCAUGGCAGCGGAUGAUAUCUACACACAGGAUGGCACCGUGGACAUCAACAAGAAUCCUGCUGACAAGAGAAAGACAGGAAACUGGAAAGCUUGCCGCUUUAUUCUUGCAACUGAGUGUUGUGAAAGAUUGGCAUACUACGGGAUGAGUACCAAUCUGGUGAAUUAUCUUCAGCAGCGUCUCAAUCAGGGAAAUGUGACAGCCUCCAACAAUGUAACCAAUUGGUCUGGGACCUGCUACAUCACACCAUUGAUUGGAGCCUUUCUUGCUGAUGCCUACUUGGGAAGAUAUUGGACAAUUGCUAGUUUCUCAAUCAUCUAUAUUUUUGGGAUGACAUUAUUAACAUUAAGUGCUUCUGUCCAUGGACUAGAGCCAUCAUGCGAUAAGAAUGGUUGCCAUCCAACAACAACACAAAGUGCAGUCUGCUUUGUAGCACUUUACAUGAUCGCUCUUGGGACUGGUGGAAUCAAGCCAUGUGUCUCUUCUUUCGGUGCUGAUCAAUUUGAUGAAACUGACGAGAUGGAGAGGAAAAGGAAGAUCUCUUUCUUCAAUUGGUUUUACUUUUCCAUCAAUAUAGGUGCACUUAUUGCUUCCUCAGUUUUGGUUUGGAUACAAAUGAAUGUUGGCUGGGGAUGGGGGUUUGGAAUCCCAGCAGUUGCAAUGGCCAUAGCAGUUGUGUCUUUUUUCUCUGUUAGCCGGUUAUACCGGAUUCAAAAACCUGGAGGGAGCCCACUUUCAAGGAUUUUCCAGGUUAUUGUUGCAUCCUUUGGGAAACAUAAUGUUGAAGUACCUGCUGAUAAGUCUCUCCUUUAUGAGACUGCAGAUGAGGAAUGUAAUAUCAAAGGAAGUCGCAAGCUUGAACACACUGACAAGCUAAGGUUCUUUGACAAGGCUGCUGUGGAGAUCCAAAGUGACCAUAUUAAGGGCUUUACAAACCCCUGGAGACUCUGCACAGUGACACAAGUUGAAGAGCUAAAGAUUAUUAUUCGGCUGCUCCCAAUAUGGGCAUCAGGAAUAGUCUUUUCUACGGUUUAUAGUCAAAUGAGCACCAUGUUCGUUUUACAAGGCAACACAAUGGACCAACACAUGGGCCCUCGCUUCAAAAUUCCAUCGGCAUCCCUUUCCCUUUUUGACACUCUUAGCGUCAUCUUCUGGGCUCCUGUGUAUGACCAAAUUAUAGUCCCAUAUGCAAGGAGGUUCACCGGCAACGAAAGGGGAUUCACCCAGCUGCAACGAAUGGGCAUUGGCCUUGUCAUUUCCAUUUUCUCCAUGGUCACUGCUGGGGUUUUGGAGGUUGUUCGUCUAAAGAUUGUUAAGAGGAACAAUUACUAUGACCUCGAGUACAUUCCCAUGUCAAUUUUCUGGCAAGUACCACAGUAUUUUCUUAUUGGAUGUGCAGAAGUAUUCACUUUCAUUGGACAGUUAGAGUUCUUCUAUGACCAAGCACCCGAUGCUAUGAGAAGUUUGUGCUCGGCUCUGUCACUAACAACUGUGGCGUUGGGGAAUUACUUGAGCACUCUGCUUGUAAUCAUUGUGACAAAAAUCACCACAAAGAAUGGGAAGCUUGGUUGGAUUCCAGACAACUUGAACAGGGGCCAUCUUGACUACUUCUACUGGCUGUUGGCAAUUCUCAGCCUGCUGAACUUCUUGGUGUAUCUCUUUCUUGCUAAGUGGUAUACAUACAAGAAGGCCACAGGGCCAAGUCACUGACACGACUGAUAGUUAGUGUGAUUCAAACCCGCCUAUCUGUUCCCUUAUUGGAGCCUGUUUGCGAUGUCUUUCUGAAGGUUUUAUUUAUCUCUUUGACUUGUGUUUGGGAUAAGAAAGUGUUUGUAAAUACUGUUGGUUAUUAGGUUUUUUAUUCCUGCAUAAAUUUAUAAUGCUCUUCAGUUUCCUUAUAAAAAAUUGCUAUUGGGUUCCAAUUAAUAUUGGUAAGGAAA